CAAUAGUGUCAAUUGCUGUUUACCUUUUUAAGGAGGGCAAUAUUUUAAAAAAAUCUUAUAUUUUUAUUUGUUAAAAACUUAAAAAUGCCCGUAAAAUGCGAUUUGUGUAACAAAGAAUUUAGCACUGUUGGUAAUUUAAAUAAACAUAAAAGGGGUGUACAUAAUAUCGAAGAUAAUAUUAUACAAUCAUAUGAUUUUAACACCAAUGUUUAUAAAUGUUUAGAGGGCUGUAAUGUAUCUUGUAAGACUCAUGCCAAUCUUAUUCAGCAUCUAGAGGAGAUACACAACAUUAUUAUUAAAAUUAGAACCCUGGAAUUUAAACAGUACAGAGAUUUUGAAAUAUGGAGGAACGUAGAAGAAAGGGAUAAAAAUGUACGAUAUACAAGAUCUUCAGGAUCACAUUUAUGCAAUAAUAAAACUACUAAAAAACUAUACUAUGAGUGUUAUAGGUCAGGUGGGAAACGAAGAUCAGAUGUCAUGAAUAGAAAAAGAAAAUUAAAAAAACAAGGUUCUGUGAAAAUGGAUAAUUACUGCACUAGCAGAAUAAUUCUAUCCAGAGAAAUAGAAACUGGCAUAUGCCUAGCAACAUACUUUGAGACUCACUAUGGACACGAAAAUGAUUUAGAGCAUUUAAGACUGUCAGAUGAUUUAAGAAAAUCCGUUGCUAGUCAAUUAUUGGCAGGAAAAACUCAUAAAGAAAUUUUAUUAUCUGUUAAAGACCACCAAGUCACACAACAGAGAGAUCUACUAUUAAAAUCCAAAGACAUCAUAAACAUAAAAAGAUCAUUUAACAUUGUAGAUGAAAAUUUCCAUCCAGAAGAAACAGUAAUAUCAGGAAGUUACUCUAGUGAAAUAAAACUGCGACACGAUUUAGCCAUAAUAAGUUCUUACAGAGUCGAUUACAAAGAAAAACUGUUUUAUGUAUACUCUUCUGAUGAUGAGUGUCCAUAUAUAGUAACGGCACGACCAGGAGAACCUUGUUGCGAAUUAAAAUGUGUUUACUGUAAUAUUUGUGUUCACAAAUUUGAAUGCACUUGUAAAGACUUCAUGAAGAGGGCCUUAAUUUGUGUGCACAUACAUUUCUGUUUUUUAAAUAAAACAAAUAUAAUAAAUGGACUUUAUCACUACAAAGAGAAAGGUGUGAAGAAAAAUCCAAUUGAUCUUGGUAAAAAAGAAAGUUACUGUGAUGCACAAACAAAUGAAAAUGUUAUAGAAACACAACCAAAUGAUCCAAGACCUCCAGAUGGAAUAAAUGAAGAAAUAUUUGAAGUAGACCAACCACAAGAGAUACCAAUGGAACAAAGUGACACAGUAAGGGAGUCCAGUGACAACGAAUCGAUACAUAGUGAUUUAGACAGUGAUAAUGUACAAUCAAAAAGAUCAAAAAUUCGUGAAGCUUGUUUGAAACUUCUUCAUAACAUUGAAACAAAGUCGUAUACAAGUGCCGAGGAAAACUUUAUUCAUUAUCAAUUAGGAAUUUUAAAUGCGAUAAAAACAAGUAGUGAACAUAAUAUAGAUGACAGCUCUAAGAGAAAAAGUUCUGAUUUAAAUUAUUGUACAGUUGAGGAAAUAAAAAUUGUUUUAGUGGAUGAAUAAAUUUUUAUUGAAAUGUUUAUGAUUUAUAAAUAAAGUUAUUGUAUACAUUUUA